GAUUUGGUUGGUUAAGGAGCGAAGAAAGCAGGAUAAAGAUAAUACUGAAAUAGGCGACGCCUGGGCCUGCCUUCUCCCUCUUCACUCUUCACCUUAUUCAGACAAAAAGAUUGAAUCUUUUCAAGAAAAGCUCACUCCAUCAAAAAAUGUCUGUCUCUUAUACUCUGCAACUCCCAUUCCCUUCACGAAUUUUCCCUUCUCGAAGAAACAGCAUCGAUAGGAGACUAGUCAAUCUUCAAAUUCUGCACUCUUCUAAUGAAUCCGAGCAACAUACUGAAAACGAUAGAAAUAGUAGAAGUCAAGACCAAGUGAUUUUAGUAGAAAGAUAUGGAAGUGGUACUAUUAAAAGAUACGUGCUAGAAGAUGAUGAUUUGCAGAUUCGAGCUUUUCUUGAAAAAAAUGAUCCAACAAGCAAAGAUUCCAAAGGCUCACAUUUAUCUGACCCAAAGUUAUCUUGGCUACCACCCAUCCUCAAAGAAUUCAUCUUGCCUGCAGGUUUCCCAGGAUCUGUGUCGGAUGAUUACUUGCAGUACAUGUUGUUACAGUUUCCCACAAAUGUUACUGGAUGGAUAUGUCAUACUAUAGUUACUUCAAGUCUUCUAAAGGCUGUCGGUGUUGGUUCUUUCUCAGGAACUUCAGCUGCUGCUGCUGCUGCUGCCAUCAGAUGGGUGUCGAAAGAUGGCAUUGGGGCUGUUGGGCGCUUAUUCAUUGGUGGCCGAUUCGGGAAUCUCUUUGAUGAUGACCCUAAACAGUGGCGCAUGUACGCAGACUUCAUCGGCAGUGCUGGAAGCAUAUUUGAUCUAACAACACAAGUUUAUCCUGCCUAUUUCCUGCCGUUGGCAUCUCUUGGCAAUCUUGCUAAGGCAGUAGCAAGAGGACUUAAAGAUCCUUCAUUCAGAGUGAUCCAAAACCAUUUUGCAAUCUCAGGAAAUCUCGGAGAGGUGGCUGCUAAGGAGGAGGUUUGGGAAGUAACUGCUCAGCUGCUCGGUCUUUCUCUUGGCAUACUGAUCCUGGAUACUCCUGGCUCAUAUCCGGUGUUAGUAUCAACAUGGGCAUGCAUGCGACUUUUUCACCUCUGGUUACGUUAUUUGUCACUUUCAGCUCUACGAUUUAACAUGAUAAAUCUUAAGCGAGCUCGUAUUCUUGUACAGUCGCAUGUUUUGCACUCUAGAGUGCCGGGAUGCAAUGACUGCAAUAGGGAUGAAAAUAUUUUAUCAUGGCAGCGAUUCAUAAAGCCUCGGAUCAUUUUCGGUGUGCCGGUGGAGGAAAUGUUAGGUGGUGGGAGAUCCGUUUCGACGCUGAAAACCCUCCUUAGAAUAUAUGCAAGGGAGAAAUAUGUUCUCAUGGUGAACCAACAGCGAAAAGAUUUCGAGGUUUUCGUUUCAUUCAAGGCCGGUGCUACGAGUGUCUCCGUCUUGCGUAGUGUCUGGCAGACUUAUUGGCUACACGAGAACUUGAAUGUCUCAGAAGAUCUCUUUGAUCAGCUUGCAAAAAGUUUACCCCGGAUGGAUGAAAGGUUCGACGAGUUCAUUAAACAACUGGAUAAAUCUGGAUGGGACAUUCAUCAAAUUAAUUUGAGGGUCCCCAAGGAAAUCUCCAUUGAUGAAUGUCUCGUUUAAUGCUCGAAUUACGAUGAUCAAAACGCCAUCUUUUCACACCCGAACCAGAGCUGCCUUGUUAUGCCGGAGGGAAAAAAGGUACAAUUGAUCAAAACAGAAACGCUUUGCAAGUCGAGUUAUCAGACGAUGAUGGUAGCUAAACCGGUUGCAGCUGAGAGGCAGCUGCCCUGAAGGAUCAUUUCAAAGCAUCAAAUCUGUAAUGCUAUAUGGUCCCAUCCACUAUAUUUUUAUCCCAUAGUCCUCCAUACAUGAAUUACCAUGAUUCAUAUAGGA